GCAUUUCACAAAAUAAAGGUCCGAGAAGUAUCUAGACACUUCCAGUAGCCCCCACCCUCUACACCCUCCAUAUAUAUCACCUUAAAAUAAACCACCUGCCAUUUGUAUAACUCUCUUCGUAGCGCCCUUGUAUGCACCAAAAUAUCUCGUAAUUUCCUCCUUGUCUAUUCUACUUUCUCCAGUGAAACGCCAUAACCAUGAGCCGACAUCCUACUGUCAAGUGGGCCCAGAGGUCCGACAAGUUGUUUAUCACGGUGGAGUUGCCGGAUGCCAAGAAUGUGAAGCUGAAACUGGAACCAGAAGGAAAAUUCUUCUUUUCUGCAACUGCAGGAGCUGAUAAUUUACCUUAUGAAGUGGAUCUCGAUCUCUUUGAUAAAAUUAAUGUUGAGGAGAGCAAAAGUAGCAGCACUUCUAGAAGUAUCGUGUAUCUAGUGAAGAAGGCAGAAGACAAGUGGUGGAGCAGACUGAUAAAGCAGGAAGGUUUACGUCCAGUGUUUUUGAAAGUUGACUGGGACAAAUGGGUUGAUGAAGAUGAAGAAGAUGGUAAACCUGGGCCAGAUAUGGAUUUCAACGACAUUGACUUUUCGAAAUUCAACAUGGAAGAAGGUCCUAGCGAUUUUGAUGCUGAUGUGCCUGAAGGAGAUGACGAUGAUGACAGUGACGCUGAAGGAGUCGUGGAGGAAGAAGAUUCUGCACAUAGUGAACCCAAGGCAGCGGUGCCUCCAAGCAAUGAACCCGAAGCAAAAGCUAGCGUUUGAACUUUGAGAACACAUUUAACUGCUUGAGUUAGGGUACUUUUAGUUGUGAUUAAAGCUGUAGUGCAGGAAAUGUUGAUGAUGUAUCUGAAAGUGAACUUGUUUCUCUCCGUUUGUAGAUGAAGGUCAUGCUGUCCGAACCCCAUUAAAUCCGUGUCUCCUGUAUUUGCUCUACUUACAGUUACUAUCAUCUUUGCUAUUGUCAUAGCUGUUCAACUUUCUUUCUUA